GGUUAAUGAAGAAAGAAGCGCGGGAAAUUUGUACAGGCGUCAGUGAUCAACCAACGUAUGUUCCAGGUAUUGAAGGCAUCUUGGCUGUUGGGCCUUUGGAAAAUCAGAAUUUAAGAGGGAAGCUAAGGAAGCUUGAUUUUUAUCCGCCUUUUCUGAGAGGAUUCCUGGGAAAGAAAUAAAAACAAAACGGCUGCGGGAUCCCACAGACCGAUAUAUAUAACUAUUUUCUAAUUAGUUUGGAUUAAAUGGAUGAAGCAACAGGUGAUUUAAAACUGCCUCUUCAAAAUGAUUAUGAAUCCCUGCAAAUACAUGUGGAAGUUCAUCAGAAAUCAAACAGUACUGCAAAAAAAGAAGAUAUCAAACUAAGUGUCUUAAAGCUACUAAAUAGGCAUGAUGUUAUUUUUGGUGAUUACAAAUGGAUUGAGUUUGAUGAUUGCUUCCUAACAAAUAAUGUACAGUCAAUUGCAGUUGUCGAUACUGAGCUAAUACUGAAAGAAAGACAGCCUAUCAGCUUGAAUAAAUGCAAACUCUUAAUCCAUAUUUUUCAUCUCAAUGAGGAAGGGUCUACUACAGAAAACCUGGAUGCUGAAGAUGAGCAUAUUGUUGCAGCUAAUCAUUGGUUAUUACCUACAGUUGAGUUUCAUCGUCUAUGGGAAAGCCUAAUUUAUGAUGUUGAAAUAAAAUCAGAUUUAUUAAAUUAUGUUACCACAACAUUACUAUUCUCUGACCGAAGUGUUGAUAACAACUUGAUAUCAUGGAACAGAGUUAUUCUACUACAUGGUCCUCCUGGUACUGGUAAAACUUCCCUUUGCAGAGCAAUGGCACAGAAAUUGACUAUUAGACUUUCACAUAGGUACAGCUAUGGACAGUUGGUAGAGAUAAAUAGUCACAGCCUUUUCUCUAAGUGGUUCUCGGAGAGUGGAAAACUUGUUACAAAAAUGUUUCAGAAGAUUCAAGAAUUAAUUGAUGACAAAGAUGCCCUUGUAUUUGUACUUAUUGAUGAGGUGGAAAGUCUCACAGCUGCUCGUAGUGCUUUUCAAGCAGGUACUGAGCCUUCUGAUGCCAUCCGUGUUGUAAAUGCUGUACUUACACAAAUUGAUCAGAUCAAAAGGUAUCCUAAUGUGGUUAUACUGACGACUUCAAAUAUCACAGAGAAAAUUGAUAUUGCUUUUGUAGAUAGAGCUGAUAUUAAACAAUAUAUUGGGCCACCUUCACCUGCAGCUAUAUUCAAAAUCUAUCAUUCUUGCAUAGAAGAACUAAUGAAGUGCCAAAUAAUAUAUCCCCGUCAGCAACUGUUAACACUCCAUGAGCUAGAAGUGAUUGGUUACUUAGAAAACGACGUGUCAAAAUUAAGUCUCCUGUUAAAAAAUAUUUCAAGGAAAAGUGAAGGACUUAGCGGCCGCAUCCUAAGAAAACUUCCUUUUCUAGCCCAUGCCCUGUAUAUUCAAUCCCCUAAUGUUAUAAUGGCAACUUUCCUCCAAGCUUUAUCACUUGCAGUGGACAAGCAAUUUGAAGAACGAGCAAAGCUUUCAGACUGUGUUUGAUGUUCUCAUUCCUACUCUGUUUUGUGGUAGUUUUAUUUACAUACAUUCUUACUUUGUUUUUCUAUCUACCUACUGAGAUUGCCAAUUAAAAACCAUGUGUUUUUAACCUGAAGAUCAGUUCAGACUUUCUUUUUUUAACUAUUGCAUGUACAAUAAAUUACCUCCAUAUAUUCAAAGGUUUGAUUUUGUUUGGGUUGUCAAGAUGCCAUGUAUUGUUAGGGGAAGUAACUUAAAAGCAAUUCCAAGUUAUUAUUCCCAAUGAUUUUGACGCAUUCUUGGAGUUGG